AUGUUCGGCUCAUUAGGAUACGAAGUCACAGCUUCUACCAUUGUCCAUGCCUGCAAUGCUCCCAAGGCUAAUGAAGCUACCGUCAAGUUUAUUUCCACCUUUGAAGGAUGGUACGACUACGUCUACCCAGACCCUGGACCUCAGCACCUCGAGACUCUCGGAGAUGGUCAUCUUUGCAAGAAGUCUAACUGCGCAGAGGUUAAGUAUCCCCUCCCUCCUCUGUCCAAGGCCGAUGGCUUGAAGCUUCCUAGCGAUGAUAUGUCGGUUGCCGAAAACUGCAUCUACCAAGACACAAGCGCCAAGGUCACUGUCAAGGCGAACCACAACGCCGAGGUUGAGCUUUUCAAGACUCCUACCAAUAAUCCUGCCCUUCCUGCUUGUGUCAACCUGCCUCCUCCUGCUCACACUUCUGAGUCUGAGACCGCCACUCCUACUCACCACGCUACUUCGUCUACCCCUAAGCCUACCAAGACCAGCAGCCAAGAAAGCUCACAGACUGAGACUGUGUCUACCCACUCUCAUUACACCAACCACACCACAACCAAGACUCACACUCACACUCACACUCAAACGUCCGUCCCCUCUACUCUGUCCACUAUCAAGAGUACCAGCUCAUGGGGCAACUCUACUGUGGCUCCUACGAGUGCUGUUAGCUGGACUACUUCAGUUGUCUACAUCACCGUGAUUCACACCAUUACUCAGUGUGCUUCGACUGUAACAGACUGUCCUGCUCGGCCUCAGACGACUACAAAGACUAUCCCUCUGUUCACGACAAUCCGCCCCGUUAUUGAGACUGAAGUUCCCACAAAGGUUCCCACAUCGCAGUCCAGCGUUCAAUCCAGCCCUCAGCCUGCCAGUAAGCAUACUGGUCAACCUAUCAGUUGGCCCGCUGGUCAGCCCGCCGGUCAGCCUACCGAGACAAUUGCACCUGUGCCUAAUGCCUCCACUGGGACGGGCUCUUUGCCCUCACAUGCAGACACAAACACCUGGACUGUGCCCUCGCAGACGUGCAACGGUAACUGCACCCAUGCGGCUCCUACGAACUGCCCUCCUGUCAGCUCGGGCUCCAAGGCUGGUGUCAACUUUAUCGUUCUGCUGGGUGCUAUCACUGCCCUGGUUUUAUAG